UCGAUGAUCCUCGAGGAUGACUUCGACCUCCUCCCGUCUCACCACCACAACCGGAAACACAACAUGGACGCUAACAAAAAGUUCAAGGCAAAGCCGAAGCCUCGAAUCGUUCGUCCAGCGAUCCCGAUUGACGAACUGGAGAGCUACGUGAGGGCGAGGAGUGAGAAUGCAUGCGAGGAACUGAGGAAGGAGUAUAAGGGAAGGCAACGUGGAAGCCACAACUGUAUUCGGCAUGAAGAUGGACAACAGACUGAAGAACAGAUUCAUCAACAUCAUACCAUAUGACCACUCGAGGGUUAUCCUGGAGACUCAGGAGGGAGACCCAAACUCAGAUUACAUCAAUGCCAACUACAUUGAUGGAUACAACAAACCGAAGUUCUACAUUGCAGCUCAGGGAUGCAACAAGUGGUCGGUACAGGACAUAUGGAGGAUGUUGUGGCAGGAGAACUCGUUGAGGAUUGUUAUGCUCACUAACCUAGUCGAGAAGGGGAGGCCCAAGUGUGAGCAGUACUGGCCAGACCAGCUCAACGAGGAGAAGUCGUACGGGGACCUCGGCGUCACACUCACUAGCGUUGAAAGAUCCUCUAGUCACGUGAUCAGAUCGUUUACAGUCCGCAAAUGCUUGGAGAGCAGGGAGAUUAAGCAGUUCCACUUCACGGCCUGGCCCGACCAUGGCGUGCCCUACCACACGUCACCACUCAUCAUGUUUAGGAACAAGGUAAGAAAGUUGGAUUCAUCGCAUCCUGGUCCCAUUAUUGUACACUGCAGUGCCGGCGUUGGUCGCAGUGGAACGUUCAUAGCCCUGGACCACCUGCUGGAGCAAGCCGAGAAGGAGGGCAGGGUAGAUCUGCACGGGCUGACCCACAACAUGAGGGCCAACAGAUGCAACAUGAUUCAAACUGUCGAACAGUACAUAUUUGUAUACGAAGCUCUGACCGAAGCGUUAAAAUCCAAAUCAACGACCAUAAGUUUGACUGAAUUC